AUGAGAAGAGGUUCACGCUCGUUCAAGAAUGCACCUGCUGUAACUGACAUAUUUGCAAAGGAAUGUGCAAGAAUCAAAGGCUGCAUUCUGCAAGUAGUUCAGUCAGACGAUCUAUCUUUCUGCGACCAGGUGAAAGUGCUCACCAACAGCGAUAUUGUUGCGUCUCCAUGUGGAGCACAGUUAACGGAUAUGCUCUUCAUGGACCGCGAGAGCAGCGUGAUGGAAUUCUAUCCAAAAGGAUGGUUAGAGUAUGCUGGCUCAGGCCAAUAUGCUUACCACUGGAUGGCAAAUCAAUCAGGGAUGAAACAUCAGGGUGCAUGGAGGGAUCCAAUGGGAAAAGAGUGUCCAUCCCCCAAAGAUCGUCUGCAGUGCUUUCUUUUUCAUAAAGAUGGCAUGGUUGGACACAACGAGACCUAUUUUACUGAAUGGGUUAGAAGAGUCAUCGAUCAUGUUAGGCUAAUCAAGCUGGAGCAAGCUUCUACAAAUCAAGCAAACGAGCAACAACAUGAUUCAAAAGCAUGUAUAUGCUAGCCUACUAUUGAAGUAUUCAAUAGCGCCAUUAACAGAAGACUUUGUAAGAGUUAGAAUCAAAUGUGCAAACUGAUUUGCUAGAAAUCAUUAUUUGCAAACAAGCUCCUGUUUUAACAAAUGAAAUAUCGAGCAUCCUCCAUUGCAAAAUAAUCACUUUUUUCCUAAGGUAAGCACACAGUAAUCAUUGUCAUAUAGCAAGUAUCACAAAGAAAAUAAAAGUGAAAAAGCAAAAGGAUGAACUAAUAGCAACCCUCAGUGCUUCUACAAAUUAGGAAAGUUUACAUAAGACUAAUAUUCAGAACUCUACAGUUGCAACCUUGCUUCCCCCAAUCACUAAAAAUCAACCACUGCUUAGCUUUUGUAUGAUGCAUUUUGUGUGUUUCUCUCAUUUUUAUCAAAACGUACACCAGGAAAUAGCAAAACAGCACAGAAAGAUAGGAUUGCUCUUAUCUCCGUGAAUGGGCAACAAGUAGAUCACAAAAAAGCAAAAUAGUGGAAAAUGUACCACAUCAUCAUAUGGUUUGAUCCUUCCAGGAUGAUGCUCCUGCUCAACCGUCUCGUGUUGUUCUUCACCCCUGCUUGAGCUUUGAUCAAUGCAAUU